UCAUCGAGCACGUGACAAGCGUCACCUUAUUAGGUCACAUCCCCCCAUACGGAUACAAGGAAAUCAUUCGAAUCCAAGAAUUCCCCAGAACGUGUAUUCCUUUCAAGCAACUCUAGAUUCGGUUCUGGCCGAUGUCACAUACUUGCCACGAAGCAAGAUCCGAAAUCCAUAAGUUGUCGUUAUACACAGGUCACGUAUACAUCCUCUGGAAUGUUUACGUUUCAUCCGUUUUGGGACAUGUUGUGUUUCACACGCUCAGCAAAACAAACCUCAAACUUUGGCGCUGAAAACAAAACCUUGCAAACACACACGCAAACAAGCCAAAGACACCCCAUAGCCACCGCCAUUGCUCUGCCAUUUCAUUUACCAAUGACUUCACCUGCUAAAAGUAUUGCUUCGCGCUACUUGGAAUCAGUGGGAGACGGAUCGCCGUCCAAGCCGUUGGGGCUCUCGUCCAGGGUGAACACCUUUGCGCACAAAACCACCAACACGGAUCUUGACAUCUUGUCGAGCCAGCUUCAGGAGAACCUCGCUGUUUCGCCCUCCAAAACGUCGCUUAUCAAGUCGCGUUUCGAAAACUCACCCACCGUUUCCGCCUUCAAGUCGAAGUUUGACCAGCCGCCGGCACAAGAGUGGUCAACGCCCAAAGCUCGGACCACGGAGAAUUGGAUGUCUCCCACGAGACAAACAGGCUAUAAGCAAGACCGUUCCGAGCGUCUCAACUUUGAGUUGGCCAAGCCAUUGGGUAAGCCUUCCAAACAGCUGGUGUCCCCAUCCCACCCAAAGCCAUCGGCUACGCCAUCUCAUUCAAAACCAUUGGCUAACUCGACUACACCAUCCAUUCCACUUUUAUCGCCUACUAAACCUGGCUUCUUGAUCCCUCCCUCUUCCUCUGAUGCCUCCGCCAAUGGAGCAAUGUACAAAAUCCCGUUGAAAAACACACGCUCGCGGUCAGCCUCGCCAUCUAAAACAUUUCAGGCGCUUUUGACCCCUAAAACAGCCUCGUCGCCCCAGAGAUACACCGACGAUAAAUCUGAAAAGAUUUACCUGUAUCUCUGUCGCGUCGCUGAGUUGAAGGCAUGGAUCGAGACCUGUAUCGGGGAGAGCAUCCCAUCCAUUUACGAGAUGCCCGACAACUUGCGCAACGGGGUAAUCGUUGCAAAGUUGACGAAGGUGUUUGCACCACACCUCAUCGGCCGUAUCUACGAGUCGCUGGAGCAGAAGUUUUUCUACACGGAAAACAUUACCAACUUCUUCAAGUUCUUGCAGUUUGUGCAGAUGCCCACGUUGUUCAGCUUCGAGCUCACGGACUUGUACGACGGCAAGAAUAUCCCCAAGGUGAUAUUCUGUUUGCACGCACUCGCGCAUAUUUUACACCUGAACGGCAACGGCCCCAAACUUGAGAAGGUUACCGAGUUGGACGACUUGGAUGAGGUCAAGUUCGAGCGGGUUCUCAGGGCGAUCGGCAACAUGAAACUCCCGAACUUUGACUCGAUCGAAGCGCCUAUGAAGUCUCCGGUGCGGAUGAAGCCCUUGCUGAACCAGCCAUUGCCUCCGGUGUUUGAGCCGGAAGAAGAAAUGACGGUGAUUGAACGAGAGGCAAGUCCGGUGCCAACUCCACCCUCAGUUCCAUCGUCAUUCCCUAUUCGGUCCCCGAGCCCGGUGGCUGAUUUCCUAGAAGUUCUUGAUGAACCUACCCAGGUCAUCCCCCAGCCAUCCCAGGUGACUCCCCCAGAUGAGCUCCACCGGUACCUCCAGACAAUCGUCUCCUUGCAAGCCUUGGCGCGCGGCUCCUUGUUCCGCUACAACAUGUUCAUCGACAAGUACAUGGUGCGCAAGUUUUUGGAUACGCACCACCUCUCCUUGGAGUACCGCGGGGCCGACCUCCCAAUCACGCCGUUCCACGCAGUGGUGAAGGGCCACUUGCUCAGAAGGCGGCUUGCGCGCCAGAAGGCGAUGCUUUCGCUCUUUGCGCGUGAGAUCUCCGAGUUCCAGGCCAUCGCGCGCGCGCACUUGCGCCAGGCCUCAUUUUCUAGCUCCGUGCGUGGCGCUGGCGAUAGUACCGACGCCGUGCGCGCGUUGCAAGCCGUCAUCAGGGGAAAUGCCGCGAGGCAGAAGGCCACACGGACCGUGCGAGCGUUGGCUCUUCACGAGCGCGAGGUCACCCUACUUCAGUCCGUGGUGAGACUGAAACCGGUGCGUCGCAACACCCGGUCGGUGAUUGAGAACAAAAACGUGGCGGAACCACAUUUGGUCCGGUUCCAGGCCCUUGCACGCGGCCAUCUCGUUGCCAUGAAGCACCAACACAUGCAAGCAGCGAUAAAACUGGCGGUGCCGAGUGUGGUGGCCCUCCAGAGCGUGCUCCGCGGAGCCGCGGUCAGAAACAGCUUUGAGUCACACUUUGAGGCCGUGACCAUAUCUUGCAGCUACAUGGUAGACUUCCAAGCCAUCAUUCGCGGCGGAUUGGCCCGCAACCGCUUGAACCACAUCUUGGACGUGUUGUACGUACAGGAACCGCGCACGGAGUAUCUCAUGGCCAUUGCGCGCGGCAAACUCGUACGGAGGGACGUGUAUGCCACAUCGGCGCAGCUCCUCAAUAGCCAGGCCACUGCGUCGAUUACGGCGAUGCAGGCGCUCGUGCGUGGAGUGUUGAGUCGCUUCUACCUUGACUGCUUGAUGGACAAUGUCGAGGAUACGGCACCCGUAAUGGUCGGGUUUCAGGCGACUGCACGCGGCGCCUUAGUACGUGCGCAACAUGCACGCAUGAUCCGCUACUACCACGCAAACGUAAACACCAUCAUUAAGGUGCAGAGCUAUCUCCGCGGAAAGUCACAGCUCGGGGCUUACCGGUCGCUCACCAAGUCCGGCGACAUCAACGUGGCGGUUAUCCGCAAGUUUGCGCCGCUUUUGGAUGACGCCACGCUGGACUUUGACGAGCAGAUGACGUUGCAGCGGUUGACAGACUCCAUCGCUGACUACACAAAGAAUAACGAGGCGUACGAGGCAAAGAUCGAGCAGCUUGAAAUCAAGCUUGGGUUGUUGCACAAGAAUGAGAUCACUCUUGAGGAGUUCAAGUCGCACGCGCUGCUCCCAUCGCAAACAGCCGGUGGGCGCCGCAACGUGUUUUCUGCUCUCACAAAGAACUCUGUCGACCGUAUCGAGGUCUACAAGUCCAUGUUCUACCUCUUGCAAGUGCGGCCACACUACUUUGCCAGCGCGUUUGCGCGUUUGCUGCCCGACAGCAAGCAGUACCACGAGGUCGAGGAGACGGCAUACACGGUGCUCAACCCAACGGCUGGCGUACGCGAGGAGUUUUUGUUUGUACAGUUGCUCGUGGGGUUGCUCUCUACGGAGAUCCAAAGCUGCGACCACCUCGAAGUGCACGACGGCGCGUGGAGUGCGCUCUUGUGCCGCUUCCACCAGACGGCCAACCAGAAGCGGGUAUUGAAGGAGUUUGCGUACGAGUUUGUAUCGAGUGUCCUCGAGAACGAGGAUGUGGACUUCGAGGCCAAUCCUUCGUCCAUCUACUUGAAGCUCGUUCAGGCGCAGGAGCGUGUCACCGGCAGACCGUCUGACCGUCCGGUCCGGGUCAAUCCUCAAGAGGCCAUGGCAGAUAAGCUCACACAUGACACAUACAUUCGCAACAUGAUGAACCUCAGAGACUAUACCAGUCCGUUCAUCCAGCAUAUUUCCGACCACCUUGGCAAGCUCGCGCUCCACGUGCGAGUAUUGUGUCGCCAGGUGUAUGACCAGGCGACGCAAAAGUUUCCGGGGGCCAGCGAGAUGAAGAAGCUCGCAGUGGUUGGGAAGAUUCUUGUUCGGUACUACAUCAGCGACAUUCUUUUGGACAUGGCGAGCUACGGGGUCGACACCAGUUUCCUCAGCGGUACGGGCCGCGUGCGUGUACAGGAAAAUCUUGUGCAUGUGGCCAAGUUGCUUGCGCAAUUGUUUGAGCUCCGUCAUUUCGGGCCGCUGGACCGCCACUACCACUCGCUAAACUCGUUCAUCGACCAGAACACCCCCACGGUGGUGUCGGUGUUGCGGUGCCUCAUCGACGUGCCCGCACCGGAACAGGCCUAUAACAUGACCAUGUACGACGACUUGACCGCCGCCACGCGACCGGUGCUCGUGAUCAAGUGCUCGGAAAUGUUGGCCAUUCACCAGAUGGUGAAGCGCGAGAUUAACGCCUUGGUUCCGCCGUCCGCAAGCAUGAACGACGGUGCGGAUCCGUUGCGCGAAUGUGUGGUGAAGCUCAACACGAUCAACGUGUCGGCACCCGAGGUGGCCAAGAUCAGCCAGCUUGGCGAGAUCUCGCUCCAGCUCAGUCCAUCUGCCUUUGGUGAUGGCUUCUCGAGCAAAAAGAUUAAGCACUUGCUUGUCCAGGCAAAGCGCUACGUGUUGUACCACAUUCGUGUGCAACGUGAAUCGGACGAUUUGCUUGAAAUGCUCAUCCUGAAGAUCGGGCCCGAGCACGAGAGACGGUUCCGCGAGUUGGUUGACGGUGGCCGAAAGAGCCUCAACAGCUCUACGCGCACGGUCGAGGAUUCCGCCGCGUUGACAUAUGUGGAGGUGCGCAAGUUGGCCCUCGCAACGUUGCUCGAGUUAGAAGAGUUGCGCGAGGUGACUCGCGCGAAUGGUUUCCACGAAGUGUUGGUGCAGUUGGCGACGGACAUUCGCACAAAGCAUGACCAGCGCUUGGGCCGCAAGAAGCAACUCAGCCAGGCGGCCGAGACCAACCAGCGCUUGGAAAACAAACACAAGGCGUUGGUGCGUGAAUACGCCGAUUUCAAGCGGUUCAUUGACCGCUUGUUGGUGGAGGGGCAGUCGCAAAAGACCGGGGGCAAGCGGUGGUUCCACUUCCUCUCCACUUUGACCAAACAGUACCUCCAGCACCGCGAGUUCCGGCGCAUGGGCUUCACGCCCAAAUUUGGCUACCACAAGUUCUCCGCCCGCAAGUUGAUGGACCAGGUGGUGUUAAUCGACGUCAAAGGCCUAGAGAGCGGGGGGAAGUCUGCGUUUGGGUCCUCUAAGCUCGACUUUGUCUUUUCGUCCGACCAGGCGGGGGUCUUCAAGGUGGAGUGUCUCCUGGGCUCGUUCACGUUCCCAGACGCCUCUCAGACCGUCACACUUGAUGAUUUAUUGCAGGCUCAGUUCGAGGGCCGUCGCGAAUUUGAGAUGUUCAAGAAGGCCAGGUUCGACACGGAUAAUUUGAUCAAGUUGAUCAAGAAGAAGUUUUACGAGAGUGCGUGAGAUCGCAGAAGAUACGUUAGUAUUGAGGUGAAUAUGGUUGAGUAUAUGUAAAAUACACUUUUCUAUAAUAUAGACGGAGCAGUGUAUGCUGGAGAGUGGGUGUAGAGGGAGAGACGAUGUGUUGCUUUGGCUGACCGGAC